AUGACAACCCUAGGAAGUGACUAUUCAAACUCACAGUUAUUGCUUGACACUUUGAACUCCGAUUUUCCUAAGGAAGUGUCUGGAUUGAUUAACAACAACGAAUCAUUUAAAGAAUUAUCAUUGAAAUAUUUAAAUGACUUAUUUGACAGUGAUUCCAAAAUAUUGAGCAAUGAUAAAAACUCUGAGGAUCAAAUUAGUUUUUUGGUCAAUGAAAUCGCUGAAUUAGACAGUGCACAAAGCUCUAUUGAAGACAAGUUGAAAAAAACGGUGGUGAAUUCAAGUAAUGAUAUCGUUGAAUCGAGAUUUCAGUUAAACAACAUAUUGGUAGACUUUGAGUCAGAUUUCAACUUGCAAUUGACUGAUGUUAAUAAUUCAUUAGAAUUAGCUUUGGAUAUACAAGCUUCCGAUGAGAACCUGCUGAAUCAUAAAAUUAACUUUGAAACUCUCAAAUCAAUACGGAAAAAUCUUGAAACAAAAUCAUCACUGUCGACAAUACUUUCCAAAAUUGAUUUGAUCAUGGAUAUUUUAGAGCUCCCUUCUUUGGCUGGCGCCUGUGUCAAGGCAGGUUAUUAUCAUGAAACUUUGGAAAUAAGCAGCUAUACCAGACGAUUAUCAAUCAGAUACCCAGAUGUUAACGUUAUUAAGAAGAUUGAAAAUGGAGUGAAAGCAGAAAUUGAAGUGAUGUUGGUCGGGCUUUUGAAAUUGCUAAAAACAGAUUUAAAACAAUCUAACAUUGUGAAGAUAAUAUCAUACUUGAAAAGAAUCUACCCGUUCAACUCAACAAACCAAAAAGUGAUUGGAGGUACUAUAAUUGGAGACGGCUCUGAAAAUCUGAGUUCGCUACUUGAUGGUGCGCUAAUGGAAAUAAAUUCGGGGUCAAUGUUACGCAGGAUCUAUUUUCAAUCAAGGUAUCAGUUCAUUAUUAAUGAGUUGGAUGUUCUACAACCAUUGAAGAACCAUUCUGUGGAAAAGUAUUUGAAAAGAGUAGUGGAAUUGAUCAGAGAACACUGUUAUACUUCAAUUCUUACUUAUCAAUCUCUCUUCUCGGAAGAUGAUGAAUAUUAUCCAUCAACUGCUAAGGGGGCUACCGACACCAGCAACGAAGAAAGUGAAGAUGAAAAAGACACAUUCAAUGAUAAUGAUGAACUUAUUCAUGAUUUCAUAAAACAUAUAAUCCAAAAAUUAAUUGAAUUAUUACAGGCGAACUUGCCACUAGUCAAGGAACGACAAGCCAAAGACUCUUUAAUUUUGCAGAUAAUAUAUUGCUCACAAAGUUUAGGGAGAGUCGGAGGUGAUUUUAGCAGUUUGAUAUUAAUGUUUUUAAGGAAGAAUAUGGUAGCAUCAUCAAAUGGAGAUUGCAGUGGUACUAUCAGUGAGGCAGAUUGGUUCAGAAUCCUCAAAAAACAAAGAGCAUUGAUUAAAAACUUGAAUAAUGUAUAG